AGCUCCGCAACACCGCAACGGAAGUAGGGUGUUGAGCCCGCCCACACUUCCGGAAGAAUUGCAGUGGACUGUGGGUAUCCUUUUCUCCGCGUGUGUGAGUACCGCGGCGCGAGCUUAGUGGUAGCUGGGUGCUGACGCCGCGACGCUGGAGACCCAAACAUGGCAAACCUGGAAGAAAGCUUCCCCCGAGGAGGUACAAGAAAGAUCCACAAACCAGAGAAAGCUUUCCAGCAGUCAGUUGAACAAGACAACUUAUUUGAUAUUUCUACUGAAGAGGGAUCCACCAAAAGAAAAAAGAACCAGAAGGGGCCAGCAAAAACAAAAAAGUUGAAAAUCGAAAAGAGAGAAAGCAGCAAGUCCGCAAGAGAGAAGUUUGAAAUCCUUAGUGUUGAGUCCCUGUGUGAGGGAAUGCGGAUUUUGGGUUGCGUGAAAGAGGUGAAUGAACUGGAACUGGUGAUUAGUCUCCCCAAUGGCCUCCAGGGGUUUGUGCAAGUCACUGAAAUCUGUGAUGCCUACACCAAAAAGCUGAAUGAGCAGGUGACACAAGAACAACCUCUGAAGGACCUACUUCACUUGCCUGAACUUUUCUCACCUGGAAUGCUGGUAAGAUGUGUGGUGAGCAGUCUGGGCAUCACAGACAGGGGUAAGAAGAGUGUCAAGCUGUCUCUGAACCCCAAAAAUGUCAACAGAGUGCUGAGUGCUGAGGCCCUGAAGCCUGGCAUGCUACUUACAGGUACCGUAUCCAGCCUGGAAGACCAUGGCUACCUAGUGGACAUUGGUGUUGAUGGGACCAGAGCUUUUCUGCCACUGCUGAAAGCCCAGGAGUACAUCAGACAGAAGAACAAAGGUGCUAAACUAAAGGUGGGUCAGUACCUGAACUGCAUCGUUGAAAAGGUGAAAGGCAACGGAGGAGUUGUUAGUCUGUCUAUUGGUCACUCAGAGGUUUCUACUGCCAUUGCUACUGAAGAGCAGAGCUGGAACCUUAAUAACUUGCUACCAGGACUGGUGGUCAAAGCUCAGGUACAGAAGGUGACUCCAUUUGGCCUUACACUAAACUUCCUCACAUUCUUCACGGGCGUGGUUGACUUUAUGCACCUGGAUCCCAAGAAAGCUGGAACAUAUUUCUCAAAUCAGGCAGUGAGGGCCUGCAUCCUCUGCGUCCAUCCUCGAACCAGAGUUGUGCGCCUGAGCCUGCGCCCCAUCUUCCUACAACCUGGACGCCCACUCACCCGACUCUCUUGCCAGAAACUUGGAGCAGUGCUGGAUGAUAUUCCUGUCCAGGGUUUUUUCAAAAAGGCUGGGGCCACCUUUAGACUGAAGGAUGGGGUUCUGGCCUAUGCCCGGCUCAGCCAUCUCUCUGAUUCUAAGAACGUCUUCAAUCCUGAGGCCUUCAAGCCAGGGAACACUCACAAGUGUAGAAUUAUUGAUUACAGCCAAAUGGAUGAACUGGCCUUGCUCUCUCUACGAACGUCUAUUAUUGAAGCUCAGUACCUUAGAUAUCAUGACAUCGAACCUGGGGCAGUGGUAAAGGGCACAGUGCUAACCAUAAAGUCAUAUGGGAUGCUGGUGAAGGUGGGCGAGCAGAUGAGGGGCCUGGUACCUCCCAUGCACCUGGCUGACAUCCUGAUAAAGAAUCCGGAGAAGAAGUACCACAUCGGGGAUGAGGUCAAGUGCCGGGUUUUGCUUUGUGACCCUGAAGCCAAGAAGCUGAUGAUGACCCUGAAAAAAACCCUGAUUGAGUCCAAACUACCUGUCAUUACCUGCUAUGCUGAUGCCAAGCCUGGUCUGCAGAUACAUGGCUUCAUCAUCAGGGUCAAGGACUAUGGCUGCAUUGUGAAGUUCUACAACAAUGUGCAGGGACUGGUGCCCAAGCAUGAGCUCAGUACCGAGUAUAUCCCUGACCCGGAGAGAGUUUUUUACACUGGCCAGGUGGUGAAGGUUGUCGUGUUGAACUGUGAGCCAUCCAAAGAGAGGAUGCUCUUAUCCUUCAAGCUGUCGAGUGAUCCAGAGCCAAAGAAAGAGCCUGCAGGACACAGUCAGAAGAAAGGAAAAGCCAUUAACGUUGGGCAGUUGGUAGAUGUGAAGGUUUUAGAGAAGACCAAAGAUGGGCUGGAGGUGGCUGUCCUGCCCCACAACAUCCGUGCUUUCCUCCCUACAUCUCAUCUGUCGGACCACGUUGCCAACGGCCCAUUGUUGCAUCAUUGGCUCCAGGCAGGUGACAUCCUUCACCGAGUCCUGUGUCUGAGCCAGAGCGAGGGGCAUGUUCUUCUUUGCAGGAAGCCAGCCUUGGUCUCCACAGUAGAAGGUGGCCAGGAUCCCAAGAACUUCUCAGAAAUCCAUCCUGGAAUGCUGCUCACUGGUUUUGUGAAGAGCAUCAAGGACUAUGGCGUGUUCAUCCAGUUCCCCUCAGGUCUUAGUGGACUGGCCCCAAAAGCUAUCAUGAGUGACAAAUUUGUGACCUCCACAAGUGACCACUUUGUUGAGGGCCAGACAGUAGUGGCAAAGGUGACCAAUGUGGAUGAGGAGAAGCAGCGGAUGCUGCUGUCACUGCGGCUGUCGGACUGCGGUCUGGGGGACUUGGCCACCACCAGCCUCCUUCUCCUGAGUCAGUGCCUGGAGGAGCUGCAGGGCGUGCGCAGCCUCAUGAGCAACCGAGACUCUGUGUUGAUCCAGACGCUGGCUGAGAUGACCCCGGGAAUGUUUCUUGACCUAGUGGUGCAGGAGGUGUUGGAAGAUGGCUCUGUGGUAUUCAGUGGGGGUCCAGUGCCUGACCUGGUCCUGAGAGCCAGCAGAUACCAUCGCGCAGGGCAGGAGGUGGAAUCUGGGCAGAAAAAGAAGGUUGUAAUCUUAAAUGUUGAUCUUUUGAAGUUGGAAGUGCACGUUUCCCUUCACCAGGACUUGGUGAAUAGAAAAGCUAAAAAGCUGAGGAAAGGCAGCGAACACCAGGCGAUUGUGCAGCACUUGGAGAAGUCCUUUGCCAUCGCCUCCUUGGUAGAGACUGGCCACCUGGCAGCUUUCUCCCUGACCUCUCACCUCAACGACACCUUCCGCUUUGACUCAGAGAAAUUGCAGGUGGGACAGGGUGUCUCCCUAACCCUCAAGACCACAGAACCAGGAGUGACUGGCCUUCUUUUGGCUGUGGAGGGGCCGGCUGCCAAGAGGACCAUGAGGCCGACCCGGAAGGACUCUGAGACAGUUGAUGAGGAUGAAGAAGUGGAUCCAGCUCUGACUGUAGGGACCAUAAAGAAGCACACUCUCUCCAUCGGGGACAUGGUCACAGGGACUGUCAAGUCCAUUAAGCCCACCCAUGUGGUUGUGACUCUGGAAGAUGGCAUCAUUGGCUGUAUCCAUGCCUCCCACAUUCUAGAUGAUGUUCCAGAAGGCACCUCUCCUACUACCAAGCUGAAGGUUGGGAAGAUGGUCACUGCCCGAGUGAUUGGCGGGCGAGACAUGAAGACAUUCAAGUAUCUCCCAAUAAGUCACCCCAGAUUUGUUCGAACCAUCCCGGAGCUGAGUGUUCGGCCAAGUGAGCUGGAGGAUGGCCACACUGCUCUUAACACUCACUCUGUUAGCCCCAUGGAGAAGAUUAAACAGUACCAGGCCGGCCAGACUGUUACUUGCUUCUUAAAGAAGUACAACGUGGUGAAGAAAUGGCUUGAGGUGGAGAUUGCCCCAGACAUCCGGGGGAGAAUUCCCUUAUUGCUCACUUCUCUGAGCUUCAAGGUUCUGAAGCAUCCAGAUAAGAAGUUCCGGGUUGGCCAGGCCCUGAGGGCCACCGUUGUUGGCCCAGAUUCCUCCAAGGCCUUCUUAUGUCUGUCCCUCAUAGGUCCUCACAAGCUUGAGGAAGGGGAAGUGGCCAUGGGCCGAGUGGUGAAGGUGACUCCCAAUGAGGGGCUGACAGUCUCCUUCCCCUUUGGGAAGAUAGGAACAGUCAGUAUAUUUCACAUGAGUGACUCCUACUCCGAGAUGCCCCUGGAAGACUUCGUCCCCCAGAAGGUUGUCAGAUGUUACAUCCUGUCCACUGCAGACAAUGUAUUGACUUUGUCGCUGCGAUCAUCCAGAACAAACCCGGAGACGAAAAGCAAAGUAGAAGAUCCAGAGAUUAACUCCAUCCAGGACAUUAAGGAAGGGCAGCUUCUGAGGGGCUACAUAGGGUCCAUCCAGCCACAUGGUGUGUUCUUUCGCCUUGGCCCCUCCGUUGUGGGUUUGGCUCGGUACUCCCAUGUCUCCCAGCACAGCCCGUCCAAGAAAGCCCUUUAUAACAAACACCUCCCCGAAGGGAAGCUGCUAACAGCCAGGGUCCUACGCCUUAACCACCAGAAGAACCUGGUAGAGCUGUCUUUCCUCCCGGGAGACACUGGGAAGCCGGACGUGCUUUCUGCUUCCCUGGAAGGGCCACUUCCAAAGCAAGAGGAAAGGAAAACAGAGGCUGGGGAGAGAGACCAAAAAGCGGAAAAGAAAAAUCAGAAAAGGAACGAGAAGAAGAACCAGAAGGGGCAGGAGGAGGUGGACCUGCCCAGCAAGGAGAAGCAACAGCCCCAGAAGCCACAGGCGCAGAAGCGGGGUGGGCGGGAGCGCCGGGAGUCUGGGAGUGAGCAGGAAAGAGUGAGCAAGAAGCCAAAGAAAGCCGGCCUGUCAGAGGAGGACGACAGCCUUGUGGACGUGUACUAUCGGGAGGGAAAAGAGGAGGCAGAAGAGACGAAUGUGCUGCCCAAGGAGAAGCAAACCAAGCCAGCAGAAGCGCCCCGGCUGCAGCUAUCUUCAGGCUUCGCUUGGAAUGCGCGACUAGACUCUCUGACCCCGGCCUUGCCUCCCCUAGCAGAGAGCUCAGACAGCGAGGAGGAUGAGAAGCCACACCAAGCCACGCAGAAAAAGAAAAGCAAGAAAGAAAGGGAGUUGGAGAAGCAGAAGGCAGAGAAGGAACUGUCCCGCAUUGAGGAGGCGCUGAUGGAUCCUGGGCGGCAGCCAGAGUCCGCGGAUGAUUUUGACCGACUGGUGCUGAGCUCCCCCAACAGCUCCAUUCUGUGGCUGCAGUACAUGGCUUUCCACCUGCAGGCCAUGGAGAUCGAGAAGGCCCGUGCCGUGGCUGAGAGGGCCCUUAAGACCAUCUCCUUCAGAGAGGAGCAGGAGAAGCUGAACGUGUGGGUGGCUCUGCUGAACCUGGAGAACAUGUACGGCUCUCAGGAGUCCCUGACCAAGGUCUUUGAGCGAGCCGUGCAGUACAAUGAGCCUCUCAAAGUCUUUCUCCACCUGGCUGAUAUCUACGCCAAGUCAGAGAAAUUCCAGGAAGCUGGUGAACUCUACAACAGGAUGCUGAAGCGUUUCCGGCAGGAGAAAGCCGUGUGGAUCAAAUACGGCGCCUUCCUUCUGCGGAGGAGCCAGGCUGCGGCCAGUCACCGCGUGCUGCAGCGAGCCCUGGAGUGCCUGCCUAGCAAGGAGCAUGUGGAUGUCAUUGCCAAGUUUGCCCAGCUUGAGUUUCAGCUGGGGGACGCAGAGCGGGCCAAAGCCAUUUUUGAGAACACGCUGAGCACCUACCCGAAGCGCACAGAUGUCUGGUCGGUCUAUAUCGACAUGACCAUCAAGCACGGCAGCCAGAAGGACGUCCGGGACAUCUUUGAGCGGGUCAUUCAUCUGAGCUUGGCCCCCAAGAGAAUGAAGUUCUUCUUCAAGCGCUAUCUGGACUACGAGAAGCAGCAUGGCACUGAGAAGGAUGUGCAGGCAGUCAAGGCCAAGGCCCUGGAGUAUGUGGAGGCCAAGAGCUCAGUGCUAGAGGACUAGUGGCAGGCUGGCUCUGUGGGACACUGUCAACAAUGGGCCAGCCUGGCCCUGCCUCGAGUGCCUGGGCACUUGGAAAACUGUUACCUCAGGACUCUAUUUAAAUGCUGCUUUUUCUGCAGCACCCUUGGGGGAAUCCUGUCAGGAUGAAAAGGAAUUUGAGAUUUUUAAAAUUCCUCUUCGCUUGCUUUAUUUUCAAUACCAACUUGUUAUCUUUUUCCUUAUCUGAGGCUAUCUGGGGAUUGCAGGCAGCAGGCCCCUGGACUCCCAGAAAUACUGAGGGUCCCUCUUCCAGGGAAGUUCCCUGGGGAGCAAGAGUGGAGGGGCUACUCCCGAAGGUCUUGUGGUCAGGGUCCUGCUUUGUCCCUGGCAGGCUGUCAGUCCAGCCAGAGGGGGUCAGUAGGCUCCAGGGAGUGGACCCUCCCCUCCGAACUUGGAGCCACUGGGCGUUCCUUCAGCCUCAGCCUCACUGGUACCUUCUGCCCUUUAGGGGAGGCUAUGAGUCUGGGACAGGAGGACAAAUUCAGAGCCCAGAGGGGAAAAUGGAGAAACCUGGGCUGCUGAAGAAGGCCACGGGUGUUGGCGUGAACUGAUGAUGUCUCAUCCCACGCCCACUAUGGCCACAUUACCUAACCUCUCCAUAUCUGGGCUACUCAAGGUCUUGGAGGCCAGCACAGACCCAGCUAGUUGUUGAAGCCCAUUCUUUUUUGGCUCGGUCAUGAGGGAAUUAAAAGUUUUCUCUGGCAGA